UGAUACUCCGAGCGAGAAGAAGUGAUUUUUCUUUGUCAAUUUUUCGUUAUAAUGCUAAAGCUAAACAAAUUUGUCAUUAAGGUUAUCCGUGGCUUCGUGCAAUGUGCAUGUGUGACGUACUGCGUGUACGAGUAUGUAGGUGAUAUUGUUGUGUGCAGUGGUCCAUCUAUGGAACCUACUUUGUACACUAAUGAUGUCUUACUUCUGGAACGAAUAUCAGUUAGAUUGCAAAGGCUUGAAAAGGGGGACAUUGUCAUUUCCAAAUGUCCCAACAAUCCGGAGCAGAACAUAUGCAAGCGAAUCAUAGGUCUGCCUGGUGACAAAAUAAGGGAUGGCUUUAAUAUAACUACGAUACCUUAUGGACACGUUUGGCUGGAAGGUGACAACAGAAAUAAUUCUACUGAUUCACGAGUAUAUGGACCAGUACCUCACGGUUUGUUGCGUGGACGUGCUUUAUGUAAAAUACUUCCUUUAAGAGAUAUAACUAUGUUUACAACUAAAUAUGCAACUUAAAUUAUUUUUUAUAUAUAGUAGAUAUUUGUAUUAAUUGAAGAUUGUAAGAAUAUAUUAACACUUAGUUGUAUUUUAGUUAGAUUUAAGAAAAUAAAGUAGUUCCUGAUGUAUUAUACACA